AUGGCAAAACAGAACCACACGGAUUCAUCAGAUUUCAUUCUUAUGGAUUUCUCCUUCCAGUCAGAGCAUCAACACCUUCUGGGCUUGCUCUUCCUAUCCAUGUAUCUCCUGACAGUCCUGGGAAAUUUACUGAUUGUUCUGCUGAUUUCCUCGGAUGUUCACCUUCUGCAGACCCCCAUGUAUUUCUUCCUCAAGCAUCUUUCUUUGGCAGAUGUGGGCUUUGCCUCUGUGACUGUCCCCAAGAUGCUGCAAAACCUUCUCUUCCAGGUCAGGACUAUUUCCUAUAGUGGUUGUUUGAUGCAAAUGCAUUUCUACAUGACUUUUGCCAACACAGACAACUAUCUUUUGGCUGUGAUGGCCUAUGACCGCUAUAUGGCCAUCUGCCACCCACUGCUUUAUGCCACACGGAUGAGCCACAAGCGCUGCCUCUUACUUGUGACGAUCUGUUGGCUCCUGGCAUCCCUCAAUUCAGUGCUGUAUACAUUGAUAAUGUUCCCCCUCUCUUUCUGUUCUUCUAAGAAGAUCCCCCAGUUCUUCUGUGAGUUCUUCCCUUUGUUACGUCUGGCAUGCUCAGACACAAGCGUUAUAGAAACAAUUUCUCUAAUUGAGAGCUAUGUGGAUGUAUUGGGCCCAUUUAUCCUCAUCGUGAUCUCCUAUGCCUGCAUUUUCUGCACCAUUCUUAAGAGUCCCAUCCACAAACGGGGAACAAAAGGCUUUUCCACAUGUGGUUCUCACUUGGGUGUGGUGACCCUUUUCUAUGGCACCCUCUGCUGGGUCUACCUGCAGCCAAACUCCAGGAGUCCAGAACAGAACAUGAUUUCUUCUCUCAUGUACACAAUGGUGACUCCCAUGCUCAAUCCAUUCAUUUACACUCUUAGAAACAUGGAGAUCAAAGCUGCUCUGAAAAGAUUUAUUGGAAGGACAAAAACUGCCGGCUUAUUUCAGUUCUUUCUCUGUUCCUCAAAAUCUGCAUUUCUGUGA